GCUGGAUCUGUGCAGCCCGCUCCAAUUGGCCGGGCUGAAAGGGCAACCACCAACCAUUGACGAGCUCCGGAUCUCAAGUCUCAGAUGCUCAGCCGACUCCGUCGACGGCUCCACAGCUCGCCGUCCAGCCCUUCACUGCUCAUCUUCGGCUUCUUCCUCCACUUGACAGAAGCAGCAAAGCAAAACACCUCUGUCGGUGGCUCCACCGCUCACCGUCUAGCCCAUCACCACUCACCUUCGGCUCCUUGCUCCACUGGACAGAAGCAGCAAAGCAAAACACCUCCGUCGGCAGCUCUACAGCUCACCAUCCAACCCAUCAUCGCUCACCUUCAGCUUCAUCCUCCACUGGACAGAAGCAGCAACACAAUGCAAAAUAGAAUCAACAGAUCUGCCUCACUCCUCCGCCUAUCACCUCCUUCUCCUUCCUCCACCAAACAAAAACAGCAAAGAAAAACAAAAAUUACAGAACAGAUCGUCCCCCAAAAGCACCAACAGAACAACUGCCUCAUCUCCUCCGUUGCUUCCCUUCUUCUCCUGCGUCUAUCGAACAAAAGCAACAGCAGAAAUUAGACUUGGGCCUCAUCUCCUCUACAAAUAGCUCAGCUUUUCAAUUUUACCUGUUUAGUGUGCCUUUUCUAUGUCAUUAGUGAUAAUAUGUAACUUGCAUCCAUAGCAUUAGAAGAUGAAAUUCUUGCCUUUUCUUGUCAAUUUUUUUAGUUUGUUUGCUAUGCAGGUCAUUGAUUUUUGGUUAGCUAAGCAACCUAUAAACCCUCAAACCAAUGACAUAUAGAUUGAGAAUGGGACUAAGAUGUAAAGUUCAAAGAAGUUGGCUUUUCAUUAUCUAGGAAAUCCUAUUCAGGGAGUUAGCCAUGGCACAUUGACAAUUGAAAGAAAAACAAAACGGGAAC